GAUGUAUUUCUUUUUUCAGUCAUAGCAAGCCCACAAGAUCUUUUAGCUAGCAAAACAUUUUUCUCCAUCAAAGAAUUUGCCUUCUCCUUCAUUUUCUCCUGGGACUAUAUGGCCAUUCACUUGUCAAAUAUCAUGCAUGCGAAGCAGAUUCUCCGCCGAUCUCUUCUCAUUGUCAGAGAAGCAGUCUUGGUCCCAAAAGGCUACCUUGCAGUCUAUGUUGGAGAGAGGCAGAAGAAGAGAUACGUGGUGCCAAUAUCGUUCUUGAAUCAGCCUUUGUUUCAGGACUUGCUCAGCAAGGCCGAGGAAGAAUUUGGUUUCGAUCAUCCUAUGGGCGGUCUCACAAUUCCUUGCACAGAAGACACAUUCAGUGCCCUCACCUCGCGGUUGAGUCAGUUGUAGGGGGAGAUAACAAGCCAAAAACAAUUUUGUGUAGUAUGAGAUGCCAAUCCCAUGUACAGUCGUCUUAUGUAUCUCUGUAGCAAUCUUAUACUGGAUAGAUCCAUUCAAAAGAGAUCAAUGGAAAAUUCACUCUCAGUCA